CAGUGAUGCUCAGAACGAGUAGCCAUUAUUGACUUCACAAAUAAUUGAUUUCAGAAAGAAGGUCUUGUGAUAUCGGUCGAGGUUUACUGUUUUCAUUAACAUUUGGCUCAUAUCACAAUACAGUUUGUUUUAUUUAUUUAUUAGUGGGUAGCACAGCCUACAUGGAUUUAUACGGAAAGAUGUCUGCCACUCAGGGGACCACUCAAGGGAAGGAGGGCGGGGACCAGAACUUUGAUUACAUGUUCAAGCUGCUGAUCAUUGGGAACAGCAGCGUGGGUAAAACCUCCUUCCUUUUCCGCUACGCUGACGACGCCUUCACCUCAGCCUUCGUCAGCACUGUGGGCAUCGACUUCAAAGUCAAGACUGUCUACAAGAAUGACAAGAGGAUCAAAUUGCAGAUCUGGGACACGGCGGGACAGGAGCGGUACCGGACCAUCACCACUGCUUACUACCGCGGAGCCAUGGGCUUCAUCCUUAUGUAUGACAUCACAAACGAGGAGUCCUUCCAUUGCGUGCAGGACUGGUCGACCCAGAUUAAGACCUAUUCGUGGGACAACGCCCAGGUGGUGUUGGCUGGGAACAAAUGUGACAUGCAGGAGGAGAGGGUGGUGGCUGCAGACAGUGGGAGACAACUGGCAGAACAACUGGGUUUUGAGUUCUUUGAGACAAGUGCCAAGGACAACAUCAACGUCAAGCAGACCUUCGAGCGCCUCGUUGACAUCAUCUGUGACAGGAUGUCCGAAAGCCUGGACACUGACACCGCCGUUACCAUGGGAACACCCAGCGCCAAACUGACAGACAGCGCCCCGCCCCUCCAGCAGCCCGCCUGCAACUGUUAGUGGCUCCUCCCAGUUACUGUGUCGCCAAGAUACCCAGUCCCUUAGAUGUAGUCUGCAUCCCAAAUUACAUCCUAUUACCUAUUUCAGAGUUUCUUAAACUAUGGGUUGGGACGCAAAAUGGGGCCUGGGCAUGUGAGAGGUGAGUAGCAUCAUAGAAUACAUCUAUAAUCACACACAAUUUCUUCUUAAUAUGAGUCGUUGGAGGACGAUUUGGUUCACGGGAUGAUGGUACAUUUUUUAUUUGGGUCUCGAGCUGAAAAAGUUUAAGAACCCUUGCCUUAUAUAAUGCACUACUUGAGCAGGACCCACAUAGUGCUCUUGUCAAAAGUAGUUCACUAUGUAGGGAAUAGGGUGCUAUUUUGGAUACAGACAGUCUUAAAGGUACAAUGCUGAUAUUUUUAAAACCUUAAUAUCAUAUAAUUUCUGGGUAACAAUAAAAUAUUUUACUGUUAUUGUUUUCAAUUAAAAUGGUAAAAAAUAAACAAAAAUUGCUUCUUAGCAAAGAGCAAUUUCUCAAGCAAGAAUUUUGCUAUGGCAAGUGGUCUUGGGAGUGGUCUGAGUGGGGAGGGGAAAACUGAAAACUAGCUGUUAUUGGCAGAGAGGUUUGGAACUCUCUUUCUUAUUGGUCUAUUUCCUAAUUUAACGCCUGGUGUUGUCAAUAUGCAGGCCAAAACUCCAUUCCACCAAAACAGGCUGAAAUUUCAGGCGGCCUUUUCAAACUGCUCUUACACUAAAAGGGCAUUAUCAUAAUUUACACAGUCACAGUAUUAUUCCAUCCUCAUAGUAUGGAAAUAUAUAUAAAACACAGGAAAUCACAUUUUUUACUGUACUGGGCCUUUAAAGCAGGGGUGCACAACUAAAGUCCUGGAUGGCUGCUGUGAAGGCUGACUUUCCUCCUUGCCUUUUAGUCAGAGAUUGACCAGUGUAGCUGCUGUAGGUGCACUGUCUGGCCAAUCAGUGACAGUAGUUGAUCAAUUAAGUGCCAGGAUGGAAGGAAAACCAGCAGGACUUCAUCCCUAGUGGACUGGAGUUGUUCACACUUGUCUUUCUGUAUCCUGCACUGUAACAGAAAACUAAUUUAUUCAGUCAUUUUGAGUAUUAGUAAAAUACUCUGAAACUUUUUACUACAGCAUACUGUAUAUUAUGGUACAUUGUGGGAAAACGUUUUGGUCGGAGAAGUCAUUGCUUUGUUUUGAAUGGUACUGUAAUUCCACCCCACAGAAUACAGCACCAUACCGUAUCUUUUGAGGGCCAAAAACCUUUUGACCACUAAUGGGUGCAUGGUAUUGUUGUGCAUCUCAAAAAUGAUCUUUUUGUUUUUGUUUCGCUGUUGAAUCAGUCCCUAAAUGUUCUGCAUGUCAGCAUUCAAGUUUUCAAGAUAUUGAAAACGCAUCAUACUGUGACACUUUCGGUAUUUUGAAAGUUCUUUAUCUUGAAAACUUGAUUGCUGACAUGCAAAAAAAUAAGGGACUGUAUCAUCGCUGGACUAAUGAAAAACAUACAGAAAUGUAAUAUUCCCUUUAACAUAUUUUGAGGCUUGCACCUGCAUGUGAGAAUGCUGUACCAAUUUGACUGCUAUGUGGUGAUAGUGACCCAUUCAUUCAUAAUGUAUAGUGGACAGAUUAGAGUGGCAGCAAGUCAAACCUUAAGUGGUUGAGCAUGUUGCCAGGUCCUUUUGGUCUGUUUUGUAGUCGCUGUCAGUUUGGAAACCUUGGUUAAGGCCUCUAGAUGGGCAAGUGAUACAAAACACAAAUAUGAAUAAAUAUGAUAUAAUGUGUAAACACUUUACAUAGCAACCAACCUGCUUGCACCACUCCCUUGUAAUUACAGUAAAAUACUGUAAAGUACAAACCCCUCCCCUCAAUGAAUUUCAUUAAUCCAUUCAUUCAUUCUGAUUACGGUAGAAUUAACUUUUUUGUAGUAUAAUAGGGUACAUUUUACGGUAUUGUACUGUAUGUGUCAUUACCAAGUACUUGCAUUGAUACCGUAUUUCUAUAAUAGUAGGUGUACUGUAAUAUGAAAUACAGAAUUAGACUUACCACUGAGCUGCCUGUAAGUUACUGUCAAAUUCACAGCAACUCUUUACAGUGUGGUGUGUUAUACGACCGCUUUUUGUCACUGAACAUCAAUGGCAAUCAACUAGCCUUGAGCACAGAUCAGUGACCAGGCUAGCAAUCAAUGUAUGUCCCUCUCCAUAGCUGUGUUGAGGAACAGAUACACACUUCACACCUUUACCUGGAAACACAGAGGGUCAAUAUAAGUCUGAGUCGAUGUAGGCCUAUUAUAGUGUGGCUGAUAAUAGGACAUUACAAACAUACAUUAUUCUCUUUAGCUUACCAUACAAUAUUUACAAAAAUGAUGCUUGUAAAGGCUUUUAGAAUUCAAUGUGUUGUCAAUGCACGUACUGCACAGUAGCUUUCCAGCUGGCUUCAAAGACUUGUUAUCAAUUGUAAUUCUGUGAGGAGAACCCAUAGCUGUCACUGUUUUUACUGUCCAUCGUAAAACCUGCUGGACACACAGUUAUAAUCAGUGCUUUCAUUUAUUUAUCCUUCUAUUUAUGUAUUUAUUUAUCCUUCUAUUUAUGUAUUUAUUUAUCCUUCUAUUUAUGUAUUUAUUUAUCCUUCUAUUUAUGUAUUUAUUUAUCCUUCUAUUUAUGUACUUAUUUUGUAUGUAUUGUUGUUACAUAGUCUUCUGCCACAGCCAAACUAUAUCAUUAAGUGUACUGUAUACAAACUGGUAGGUAGUAGUGAUUUCUGUUUGCAGUUUGUGUGUGCGUGCGUGACCGUGUGCCUGUGUGUUUUAGGAAAAAUGAAUGAGUGUGGCUGUGUGAGUACUUUCAAUCAUCUACCUUGGAUAAAAACAAAUGUGGCCUUUUAGUAUUUCCAACAUGGCCUCUUCUCCUUUGUGCUCACCUGCCACAUUUAUUUCAUAUUUAAUGAAUAUACUAUACAUGCAUUGUGUCUAUGUGAGUACUGUAUUAUACUGUACAUGUGUUUUGUAGUAGUAGUCCUGAUGUGUGAUCUGAUGAGUGUCUGCAUUUCUGCUAAACUGAAUAGAUCCUCUUUUCCUAGCCUUAAUAAGAAUAAUACAAGUGUGAUGUCAAAUAGCCAAUAACCUAAGUUGUGUUUUUAUACCCAGACCCUUACAUUUAGCUUUACCCAAACAAUAAACCCUUCCCUCAUUUCCAGCAGAUUGACAUUUCUUGUUUUGAAUCUUGCCCUGGAGGCAGAACUGAGUGGUUUCUGCUAGAUAGGCCAGCUGCAAAGUCAAAAUUGUCUAUGUUGUAGAAAUUUAUUAAAACAAACAUGUGAUUUUUGGUCUUAAUUUAAGGUUAGGGUUAGGCAUUAGGCUUAGCAAUGUGGUCAAGGUUAGGGUUAAGGUAAGUUUAAAAUCAGAUUUUAUGAAUUUGUGGCUGUGCCACCUAGUGACCACUCUGCAGAGCUGCCUCCAGUACAUGAUUUAUGUCAAUAAAUACCAAUUUGCUCAUUUCCACUUCUCAAGAGAAAUGAAAACAUAUAAUUCACAAAUUAAACACAGCCAAGAUAUGAUAUGUUAUGACCGAUGGAUACUGAAGCCAUGAUAGAUAGUCUGUCUGACUGGAUAAACAGCAAUAUUCUAUGAAACAGACAAAACAUCCAUAUUUCAUAUACCUGCUCCAGUAUAUGGGUUCCCUUUUAUAAGAAACUAGUGCACCUUUUUCACAUCCCUGACCAGCUUAGGGAUCAUGUUAUUAUUGUCACUCCAUCCUUGGCUGAAGCAAAUUGUCCUUUACAUCGAGAAUGUCCUGUAAAUCCCAGUAAGGAUAAUCUCUUCUAUAUAGUUACAUUGAUCCUUUAGCUACAAAUGACCUAGAAACAGAAUAGUAAAAAUAUAUAAUUGUGCCAGAAAACUGGCUGUAGUUUGUUUUGCACCGGCUAGAGUUUCUGCAUAGAAAAAUUAAGGAUCAGAAAAGUUGCAUGAAGACAUUGAAUUAUCUAUAUUUCUAUUUAUAAAGGUGUAUAUUGUCUAUGUUUAAGUGCAUCCUCAUAGCUUUGUCUGUGGGGUGCAAUGGGCCAACAAGUGCAAUAUUCUAUGAAUGAUUUCCUGUACAUAGUACUCCUAGUAGUUAUACCUGCAGUAGAGUGACUGUUCUAAUGUUCUUGUUGUACUGUAUGGCACUGCAAGCAUCACACACACUAAAUAUGUGCUUUAUCUGGGAUUCGCUGUGAGGUGAAGUUGUGUGUGUGUGUGUGUUACUUAUUGUACGUGUUGACCUUUUCUACUGAUGUAUUCAUGUACUACUUACUAUAUACUGUUCUUGUUAGCUAACUGUUGGUGAACUCGUACUAUACGUCAGGAUGCAGUGUUGUGAAAGAUAGUCAGGGAAAUUAGUAUAUGCCAUAUGCCGUACUGAUAUUAAGUCUAUGUGAUAAAAAAGGGAAAUAUCUCAACUCAAACAUGAUGUCUGUGUGAGACAUUAUUGUUUACCUGUACAUCAAUAAUAGGCAUUAUCCUGCUGAGUUUGAGACCACUGACGUCGCUCCAGUCAAAUCCCCUGUCAUCUACUUCUUCAUCUGUGAUCAUGUACAGUAUAUUCAUGACUGCCACUGGCCGGUGAAAAGCCACUUCAACAUGUCAUUACUGAUGAAGGCUUAAGAUGAUAAUAAUGAAUAACAAUAAUAAUAAUAAUUAUUCAUUGUACUUAUGAAGUGCUUUUAAAGAACUUGAAGAGGCUUUACAUGAAACUAUAGUACACUCACGCUCUGGUCACCUCAUUAAAGUGUGGACUGAUAUUAAACUGGAUAUAUUAUUUGUACCUUUAAGUGCAAGCAAUGUACAAACUAUGUUUUUGAGAUGAUAGGAAAUAAACAAAUUGUACUCA